CCGGGACCGGGACCGGGAAUGGGAAUGGGAAUGGGACUGGGAUAAGGAUCGGGACACGGAUAGAGAUAGGGAUCGAGAUCGGGAUCGGCACAAGGACACGGUCUGGAGCAGGAACUGGGAUCGGCACUGGGACUGCGACAGGGACAAGGAUCGGGAUCGGGACACGGACAGAGAUAGGGAUCGGGACCGGUACUGGGUUAUAGAAUGGGGAACAGCCAGACCGCUUCUGUAGGAUUGUCAUAUGAUGCUGCUGUGAAUCAAAUACAGGACAUUAUUUCCCACAACUGUGUGGUGAUUUUCUCUAAAACAACAUGCCCAUACUGCAAAAUGGCAAAAAACCUCUUUGAGGGUUUGAAUGUGAAUUACACAGCUGUGGAACUGGACCUGAAUACAAACGGAAGGCAGUUCCAAGACAUCCUGGAACAGAUGACUGGUGGCAGAACAGUCCCAAGAGUGUUUAUCAAUGGGACUUGUGUUGGAGGUGCAACAGAUACUCAAAAGCUUCAUGAGGAAGGCAAACUGCUUCCUUUAAUUCAUCAGUGUCAAAUGAGGGCAAAUUUCUGAGCAACUGUCUCUAGCUUAGCUUCAUCUUCCUUGCUAUGAACAGAAUUUCAGAUGAAAUCAGAAGAUCACCGACACAGCAUGAGCUGCACUCAACAACUUCAAACCAUGUCUUGCUGAAUUACAGAUCACUCUGACAGACUUUAUGGACUUGGUGAAUUAUUGGUGUCCUUGCCUCAGCUUUCCCACAAGCCCGGUGGUCCUUAGCAAACAUUAUGUAACUCUCGGGGCUCUUGGUGAGACAGUGAUGUCAUUCCAUAGUGAUUACAUCCUGCUCCAGGGAAGCCCAGGCUCUGAAAAAAGAAUCCUGUGGGUUUUGCUGCACGUGAGUUUGCUUUCUAGCUUUGUCUCAAUAAAUUGUCAGUUUUACUUAAUGGUUUCUUUAAAUGGAAUUCUUCUCUGUCAAACUGAAGUGUAAAGCAAACCCAGUCUGUAGUGAUAUUGGUGUGUGCAUGUCUUCCUCUCCUGUACUCCAGUGCCUGGUCACCCAGCUCCCAAAUCGUGUGUCCAAUGGAACAGAAAGGGAAUAAAGAUUCUGGCAGCUUUA